AAAUGUCUGCCAGUAUAAAUGUAAACAGCGCCAAGAUGGGUUCUCCUGCUGCUCAUAUGUUGGUUUCUGCCUUGAUAUCACAAUUGACAAAAGAUUUUCCUAUUGAUACUCUGCCCAAAUUGUGUAUCUCAAGUGUUCGUUCCGUCCAAGGAUUUCCACUGGGUCCUCAGAGGUGCCCGUACUCUGCCUCUAAACCUUGUCCACAAAGAUUCGCAACUCACAAAAAUAGCCCAUAACUGAGAUUAUUCCUUAUCAGAUUGCACCAGUGAAUGAAGAUGUGUCAGCAACUUUAUGAUUGCCCUGACAGAAUCCUGUCUACUGAGGGGAAAAUAACAAAGAUUUCCUCAGGAUCAUGAUGACUUCAUUACCAAGAUAGCAUGGAAACGUUAGAAGAAAUCUUGUAAACAUUGGAUGAACUUAAAUUAUCUUAAUAAUAAAGAUGACUUCCAGAUUGGACCGAUUGUUCGUCCUGCUAGAGACAGGAUCAUCUGCUGUUACCAGGAGAGCAGCUGCAAAGCAAUUGGGAGAAGUUCAGAAACUGUAUCCUCACGAGUUGCACUGCCUUCUGUCUCGUUUAGAAGAAUAUUUGCGCAACACCUCAUGGGAUACUCGUAUUGCUGCUGCCCAAGCUGUUGAAGCAAUACUGCUGAAUGUUCCCCAGUGGAAUCCUCCUGCUAAUGAUGGAACUGAAGAAGUGAUCGUUGCUCCUCAGCCUGGUCGAUUGAGUUUUGAAUCUUUUGAUUUGAAAAAAAUUUUAACAGAAUGUGCGUAUUUAAUGGGAUCUCAAGGCUUAGAGUAUGAUGUAGAUGAAGAUAACCUUGAAGGAGAUAAGAAAGAUUUUCUGUUACGGCAGAGAGAACAGGUCAAUUCUCAGUUGGGGUUGAACCUUCCGGAUUUGAGAUCUGAUCUUGUGACUGCUGAAGACCUGAGUUUUACAACUACAAUGUCAAAGCCAGAACUUCUUAAGAAAAGUGUUGGUGAAGUACUUGAGAAUGAAAUGUCCAGCAGCUUUUCUCAGAACUGGAGUGUGGUGGACACGAACUCCUCACAGUCAAGUCAAAGCGAUGUCUCUUGUUCAAGCGGAAAUCAUCAAUCUCUAAGCAGUCGAGAGAUGAAUCGAGCAAGGCGGAAAGCUCGGCAGCAAGUUUCAAAACAGCGCUCACUGCCUCCUACUCCAACAACAUCGGAGAUCAAAGACAACCCAUUCACUCGCCAACUAUCACUGACCAUGCUCCAGUCAACGGUCGACUCAUGUGAUUCCGGCAUCGGAGAGGAACCUCUUGCCAAGAAGUCAAAAUUAGAAAGCUUGGCCUGUAAAUCAAGUGAAGACUCCGUAACUGAUCUCCCUGUUCCAGAUGUCACUGGCUCUUGGUCUAAAGCAGUUGAUUGGCCUUUAGGAGGAUUUGUUGAUCGACUUUGUCAAGGUUUAUUCAAUUCAAGUUGGGAAGUGCGACAUGGAUCAGCCACUGCCCUCAGAGAAACACUGCGAAUCCAUGGGAAAGGAGCCGGCAAAUCUAUUGACAUGUCAAGCAAACAGAUGGAAGAAAGUCAUCAAUUUUUUUUAGAAGAUGUAUCGUUACGGUUGUUAUGCGUUCUUUCACUGGAUCGUUUUGGAGACUUUGUUUCGGAUCAAGUUGUCGCUCCUGUUCGAGAAACUUGUGCUCAAGCCUUGGGCUCUGUUCUGCACCUAAUGACUGAGAAUCGUGUGAAUCUAGUGUUAGAAGUGCUUCUGCAACUACUGGAACAGAAAGACUGGGAAACAAGACAUGGAGGUCUGUUAGGAUUGAAGUAUCUGUUAGCAGUUCGAAAGGACUUGGUGGGUUCCAUCUUAUCAAGAGCACUGACGCCAAUUACAAGCGAAUUAAGUGAUCCUGUGGAAGACGUAGGUGCAGUCGCAGCAUCUGCUCUCAUUCCUGUAGCUGAUACUUUAGUUUCAAAUAUGCCUCAUCAUUUAGAACCUAUUGUCAAGAGACUUUGGGACCUGCUUCUGAAUCAGGACGAAUUGGGUGCUGCUUGUAACAGUUUCAUGGGACUUCUUGCCUCUUUACUCAGCGUAUCUCAGUCCCAAACCUGCUUAAAAAAUGAAACACUUGUAGAAGUUAUUCCUAGGCUUUGGCCAUUUUUGUCUCAUAAUUCUUCUUCUGUACGGAAAGCCACUCUGCAAACAUUUUACACGUUAACCUGCUCAUCCGACUACCUCGCUUGCUGGGAUUCACCUUUGUUACAAGAUUCUUUACGGCAGAUUUUUCAACGCUGCUUAGUGGAACAUCUACCUCACAUUCAAGAAAUCGUUCUAAAAGUCUGGGAUAAUCUAGUCAACUUAAGUAAAUUGGAAACUCUUCUAGUCGCAGCUUGUCCUUACCUGAGCUCUUGGCUCUGUCUUGCCGUACAGCCCUCCAAAAUUCCGUUUGAUUCCUCUCUCUUGAUUAAGGCUAAUCAAUUUGAGCUCAAAGAUCCCAAAUAUCGUCGUAGUUUAGGCUUGAAUGCUCUAGCUGACACAAGCAGUAGCUCAAUCGAACUGAAGCUCUUUAUUGGUGGCGCUGAAAUCGUCCCAUCGAAUAUUCGAGAAAUCAAUGCAAUGAAAGCCAGAUUCAUGGCCUCCAAAAUGCUAGGUGCACUCUCUGUUCAUCUGGUAAAACCAGCCCCAGGCGUGAUUUAUGAUGAAGAGUCAGAGUCCCCAAUCAAUUGCUUCAUCAAAGUGCUUCUAGUCUAUCUAAAUUCAAAGUCAGCUUUGCAACGAACCGUAAUUGGACUUGUCGUGGCUGAGUGGGCACGUUUGGCUGCUCCGUCUCCUUGCCCCCCUCUUCUUAAAGAUAGGCUUCUUUUCUGCUUGAAUGAGGGGCUUUUCUUUGAUGAAAUAGCCUCCUCUUAUACCAAGCUUCUGCAAGAAGUAAGAGAUCUCAUCUCAAUGCUGAAACAUCAUGGCCUGUCUUUCGAUGAUUCUCAGUACGGAAAGGUAUUAACAUUAGAUCAAAUUCAACAACUGACUAACUCAAACAUGCAGGAUUUGAUUAAAUCAUUGAAGAAGAAACAGAUUUUAGAUGUUUUAGAAGACAGAAGAAAGUCUGUACAAAUGAACGCUUUUCAAAUUAGUGCAGAGCAGUCAAAACAUCUUGUGAGAACGCAAGCUGCCCUUGCUGGAGCAGUUUUAAUGCUCAAAUGUUUACCAGAAAAACUGAACCCUGUCAUUAAGCCUCUCAUGGAAUCAAUCAAGAAAGAGAAAAACGAACACCUGCAACAUUUAGCUGCCUUGCAUCUCUCACAACUGAUGGAGCUGUGUACUCAACGCCAACCUUGCCCCAACACUAAAAUCAUCACUAAUUUGUGUGCUUUACUCUGCUCUGACCCUGAAUUCACCCCUCAAAUUUACCCGGACAAAAACAGCAACAAGACAACAAGAAACUGUAAUGAUGGUGAUUUGAGCAACAGUGUAGAAUUAGGAGUCAACUCCUCCCCCAUUUCUAAUCAAAAUUACCAUGGCAUCAUUUCUCUUGUUAAUCGUCAGAAGAUGGCUGAAAAGACGGUUUUAAAAGGCUCCUGUGGCGGCACAGGUGCUGGACCUGGAAGACCUCCGAAAACUGAUAUACCGCUGAAUCAACUUCUCACUGCAGAUGAUGAGACUCAGAAACAAAAUCAAAUCCAGCAACGUGGCGCGAGUUACGCUUUUAAUGCAAUAGUCUCUCACUUCGGUGCCGAACUGCCAAAAAAUUUGCCUGAUUUGUGGGAGAUUAUGGUGGUUGUAGUGAAGAGUACCAUAGACUUAAGUAAUUUUGAUGCUGGUACCUUUGUGAAGAACAAUGCUUCUGCUGAAACUCUAAUCACCAGCCUCCAAGUGUUGGAAGUAACGAUUGGCUCUGUUGAUGCAUCGCUUUUGUCAGAGGUUAAAACAUUGCUGCCUCAUAUUUGCCUGCUAAUCACUCACCCUUACUCGGCUGUUCGACAUCUAGCUUCAAGAUGUUUGGCAGCUUUAUCGAAAAUUGAUUCAAGCCUCGUUAUGAAGGAUGUGAUCAAUAAAGUUCUUCUCUACUUAGGAGCAUCAGACUGUGAUAGUAAAAGAGAGGGUGCCAUUGAAGCCAUUGCAUGCAUACUUGAAAAAAUGCAAUUUGAGAUCAUACCGUACAUUGUAUUCUUAAUUGUUCCUUUACUUGGUCGGAUGAGCGAUCAGCUUCAGCAUGUACGGCUUUUGGCAACGGAUUGUUUUGCAACGCUAAUCCAGCUGAUGCCUUUAGAUGGAGGAGCUUUUAGUUCAGCUGGCUUUUCUGAAGACCUUUUUGCUCAAAAAGAACAAGAACGAUUGUUUUUGGAACAUCUUUUCAAUCCCAAGACUAUUCCAAAUUAUGAAAUCCCUGUGAAAAUUAACUGCCAGCUGAGGUCAUACCAACAGGCUGGAGUCAAUUGGUUAGCAUUCUUGAACAGAUACAAGUUGCAUGGAAUUCUUUGUGAUGACAUGGGCUUGGGAAAAACUUUGCAAUCAAUAUGCAUUCUUGCGGGUGACCACUAUACUCGAAGUGAACACUAUAAGUUGAAGAAAAGUGCCGAUUGUGCUCCUUUGCCAUCUCUUGUUAUUUGUCCACCCACCUUAACUGGACAUUGGGUUUAUGAAGUCGAUAAAUUUGUAUCAAGAAAAUAUCUAAAUCCGCUUCUUUAUGGAGGCCCUCCUCAGGAAAGAGAGAGAUUACGCACUCUGGUCAACAGUCAUAACUUGAUCGUUGCGUCCUAUGAAAUCGUUCGUAAAGAUGUUCAAUUUUUCUCCUCUAUCAAAUGGAACUAUUGCAUUUUGGAUGAAGGUCACAUCAUAAAAAAUGGAAAAACAAAGUCCUCCAAAGCAAUAAAGCAGCUGCACGCAAACCACAGGCUAAUUCUGUCCGGAACUCCAAUCCAGAAUAAUGUCCUGGAGCUUUGGUCAUUGUUUGACUUCCUUAUGCCAGGCUUUCUUGGUACAGAGAAGCAGUUCAAUGCCCGUUACAGUCGUCCUAUUUUAGCCAGCAGGGAUGCCAAGAGCUCCGCCAAAGAACAAGAAGCCGGUGUUCUCGCCAUGGAAGCUCUACAUCGCCAAGUUCUUCCAUUUGUAUUACGCAGAAUGAAAGAAGAUGUUCUCACUGAUCUCCCACCUAAAAUUACUCAGGACUACUACUGCGAUUUGAGCCCACUUCAAAUGCAACUGUAUGAAGAUUUCUCCAAGUCUCACGCUCAUCAAUCCCUCACAAAUCAUAUCGAUUCUAAACGCAACUCCAAUAUCUUCCAAGCAUUACGUUAUUUGCAAAAUGUUUGUAAUCACCCCAAACUCGUGCUGUCUGCUGAGCACCCACAAUAUGAGCGGAUCACUUCUCAACUGCGUGAACAGGACUCAAGUUUGUCUGACAUCCAGCAUGCAGCAAAACUUCCAGCCUUGCAACAGCUACUGCUCGACUGUGGCAUUGGAGCGGCUGGAAACACAGAAACACCAGUCAUCAAUCAGCAUCGAGCGCUCAUUUUUUGUCAGCUUAAAGCCAUGUUGGAUAUUCUUGAAAAUGACCUUUUCAAGACAACGAUGAAAACUGUUUCUUAUUUGAGGCUUGACGGAAGUGUGCCUCACUCGUUGCGCCAUUCACUUGUCACGCGGUUUAAUAAUGACCCCUCUAUUGAUGUUCUACUUCUUACAACGCAGGUUGGAGGUCUAGGCUUGAACCUUACCGGAGCAGACACAGUUAUAUUUGUAGAGCAUGAUUGGAGUCCAAUGAAGGAUUUACAAGCAAUGGACCGAGCUCACCGUAUAGGACAAAAGAAAGUAGUGAAUGUUUAUAGAUUGAUAACGCGAGCUACUUUAGAAGAAAAGAUCAUGGGGUUACAAAAAUUCAAACUUAUGACAGCAAAUACAGUCAUCAGUAGUGAGAAUGCAAGCUUGGAAACCAUGGGAACAGAUAAGCUGUUGGAUUUAUUUACAAUUGGUGGGCAAUCUGGUGGCAUGGACCAAUCUACUUGGAGUGCGCCACAAAGCCUCAACUCAACACCUGGCUCUAAUUCAUCCAUGAAAGUAAUUUUGGAUUCGCUCCCAGAUCUGUGGGAUGAUAAAGAUUAUGAAGAAGAAUACGAUUUGACCAAUUUUGUCAGAACGCUCAAGCAAUAACUCCCAGCCUCAUCUCUGGCAUUUCAGAUUGUCUAUUUUGAUACUUCCUUUAUUAACCUCCUGAGGUAGGUAGGUUAGGGAUAAUGGAGAUGCCAUCCUUAGAUAUAUACUAAGUAUUUAAGAGACUUUCGAGUUCAUAUUCCUAUUUUUCUUUUUAUUCUUUGUCUCCUUUUUUCUCUUUUGGUUUCUGUUCGACUAACGCUAUGGUUUCGUUUUAAAAUUGUAGUGUCCAAGUCAAGGAGGUUUAAUCAUUUGAGCAUAACCUGUUGCUGCUGUUGAGUAGAAGUAUGUAUAAUUUAUCCUGUCUCUUAUUCUUAUUGUAAGUUUUUUGUGCUCAAUAAUGAUGAGUUUUAAGGGUUGCUAAUUAUACGUAUUACAGGCCUUGGCGUCACAAUAAGAUUUGCCCUGAUGUUUCAAAUCUAAAUUGAGCUUAUCUUGGCGUAAUUAUCUUCAGCCAAAGCGCUUUUCCACAAUUCAUCUUGGUUUUCGGAGAGGUUUCAAAUUCAUUUGAGUAGCUCUUAAUUUGCUCGAACUGAAGCUUUUUUGUCUAUUUUCUUCCCUAUCAAAAAGUAAUAAAUUUUGUCUCCCCUGAAAUGAUGGGAUUGAAAAUGUUCUUGGUUUCUGUUGAACUAUGAAGUUUGUUUCCUUUAAAUUACUGACUCCAAAGAGUGAUACCUCUUUUUGCCAGGAGAUUAACUUUUAUUUGUAUUUUAUGAUUGAACUGUUGCUCUCAAAGUUCAGUAGGGUUUAAGACUCCCAAAAAUGAUAGGAUUGAAAGUUUAGUAUGUUAUUUCUCAAACUAUAAGAUUCUCUUUCUUUUAACCAUGAACGAAGAUGGUAACCUCUGAUGUAAGGUGACUCCCCCACAUUCCCUCAAAAAAUAAAUUUAUCACUCUCCUGAUCUGUCUCUGAUUAUAUUUUUUUUAGUCGUCAGUGUGUUCCAAUAAUUUAACAGAUUGUUCUGAAAUGUCUAAUAUUCAUGUUUGCUAAUGGGCAAAACAAGCUCUGAAGUAUAGACAAUUUUUGCAGGCCUGUUAUGAAUCAAUGAACCCAUAGAAACAGCCUGAAAUGCUGCAGGAAAAUUUUUUGUUUUAAGAUAUUAAAAGCUUGGGGAAACGCUCCUCAGUUAUAUAGAUUUCAUAUGGUUACGUUUGUUUUUCACGGGUGAUACUUCUUAAUUUAAAGCCCAUGACUUGUAGCCACCAAUUUUGGAAGAAAUGGAUGUAUUUGCAUCCCAACUUGACUGGCUGGCGUUCUCUGCGUGUAAAUGAUUCGGUAUUCUUAAAGGAGGUACAUAGCUCUGAAAAUUGUGAAGUACAUUGAGGGGAAUGGGGUCUGUGUGCAGUCUACUUCCAACAUCCCUUGUCAUGAGGUGCAGUUAUUUAGCUCUGAAUCAUUGCGUCUCAGAAGUGAAGUUACUUUUCGUUUAUUUGUACAUUAUUUUGUAAGACGCUCUUUUCAAAAUACCCCUGUGUUAAAAGACUUUGUUUAGUUUGUUUGUGUGGUUUGAUUUGGUUUUCAACUGUGAUAUUAAAAUAAAUUUUUUUCUUUGGUAAAAAAAA